AUGAAGAGGGUUCAAGAGCUCAGACCAGAAACCUGCAGAAUAAAACAGGAGGAACCAGAAACCUGGAGAAUAAAACAGGAUCAAAGAGAGUUUAAUGAAGAAAUUAGUGAAGAUGGGGAGAAAGAUCAUGUCAAAACGGGAGAUAAACCUUUGAGUUGUUCUCAAACCAAACAGAAAGAUUUGAAGAAAAGAAGAGCUAAGAAAUCUUUCACCUGCACUCAGUGUGGAAAGAGUUUGAAAAGAAAAAAUAGUUUUGAUGUUCACAUGAGAAUUCACACUGGAGAGAAACAGUACACAUGUGAUCAGUGCGGGAAGAGUUUUGCACGAAGAGGAACCCUUAUGAACCAUAUGAAAAUUCAUACAGGAGAGAAACCGUACACAUGUAAUCAAUGUGGAAAGAGUUUAAAGUGUAAAUAUAGUCUUGAGCGUCACAUGAUUGUUCAUACUGGAGAGAAACCAUACACAUGUGAUCAAUGCGGGAAUAAUUUUGCAUUGAAAGGAAUCCUUAUAACACAUAUGAGAAUUCAUACAGGAGAGAAACUGUACACUUGUGAUCAAUGUGGGAAGAGUUUGAUUAGCAAAUGUAGUCUUGAGAUUCACAUGAGAGUUCACACUGGUGAGAAACUGUACACUUGUGAUCAGUGCAGGAAGAGUUUCUCACACUCAGCAAACCUUAAGAGACACAUGAACACCCACACUGGAGAGAAACCGUACUCGUGUGAUAAAUGUAGCAAAAGAUUUUUGAGGGCUUCAGACAUAAAGCAGCACCUGAAAGUUCAUACAAAGGAGAAACCACAUUCAUGUAAUUUUUGUGGAAAGAGUUUUUCACGUCUACAACAUUUGAAAGAACAUCAGAAAAUACAUGCUGCUGUGAGAGACCACGUGUGCUUGGAGUGUGAAAAGACUUUUACUUCAGCAAACUGUUUAAAACGGCACCAGAGGAUUCACACUGGAGAAAAACCUUUCAAGUGUUUACACUGUGAUACGAGAUUCAGUCAUGCAGGAAAUAAGAAAAGACAUGAGAGGAUUCACACUGGAGAUAAACCGUAUCACUGCACUGAAUGUGAGAAGUGUUUCAGUCGUCCAUCUGCUCUAUACAAUCAUAAAAAAAACUAUCACACAAAGUGUUUAAAACCGCAUGAGAGGAUUCACACUAGAGAGAAACCUUAUAAGUGUUCACACUGUGACCGGAAAUUCAGUCAUUCAUCAAAUCUGAAAAGACAUGAGAGGAUUCACACUGGAGAGAAACCGUAUCACUGCACUGAAUGUGGGAAAUGUUUCAAUCGUUCAUCUGCUCUACACAGUCAUACAAAAAACUAUCACAAGUUGAUUGAAGAAAAUGAGGAGAAUGAAGAAUUAAGUGAAGUUGAGGAGAAAAAUCAAGUCAAAACUGAAGAAAAACUUGAGUUGCUCUCAAACCAAACAGAAAUAUUUAAAGAAAAGAAGAGCCAAGAAAUCUUUCAUCUGCACUCAGUGUGGAAAGAGUUUGACAAGCAAAACGAGUCUUGAGCAUCACAUGAGAGUUCACACGGGAGAGAAACUGUACACUUGUGAUCAGUGCAGGAAAACAUUUUUGAGGGCUUCAGACCUGAAGAAUCACUGAGAGUUCAUACAAAGGACAAGUCACAUUCAUGUCAUUUGUGUGGAAAUAAUUUUUUUUGUUUGUUUCUACAAAAUUUGAAAGUACAUAAGAAAAUACAUACUGGUGUAAGAGAGUACAUGUGUUUUGAGUGUAAAUUUUUUUUUUACUUUUAACUCAGUGAUCUGUUUAAAACCGCACCAGAGGAUUCACACUGGAGAGAAACUUCUUAAGAAACGAGAUUCAGUGUGUCAUCAAGUCUGAAAACAUGAGAGGAUUUACACUGGAGACAAAUCAUGCCACUGCGCUGCUUCUGGAACGUGUUUCAAAUAUUCAUCUGCUCUACACAGACAUAGCCUACAAAAAACAUUCACAUCAAGGCCCCAUAAACAAAGGUGCAUUUAGCUGUGUUCAUCCAGACGGAUCAAGCAUUUUGGGAGCCUGAAACCGCAAUUGUAUUUUUUUAAACCAGAUCCCAGAGUGGAUAAAUCUCAAAUUGACACCUGAUCUUUUUCGUGUGGACAGUCAGUCUGUAUAUUUUUUCAAACAGUGUUAUCAUCACCAUACGUCUUUACCCAUGGUGUUGAUGAUCCCUAAGUAUAUCAUCUUCAGAUCCAGCACUUUCAGAUCUGAGUCAUCAACAAAUGUGAAACAAGAAUGCACUGAGCAAGAAAAUAUACAGUAUUCAGAUUUCAGAAUAAAUCUGUUCUAACCAUGACAUGACAAAGAAGCAUUAUCUAUCAUUUUCACAGUAAAUGAAGUUAAUCUUCAUCUUCGAAACCAGCUGAUUCAACUGAGAUUCAGAUCAAAUCAGAGAUGGAGUUCCUCCACAAAGAACAAUGUAACAAAGGUUUUAUUCUUGUAUGUCAGUUUGUUUCAUGAUUUAAAUAAUAUCGUGCUUUCUUAUGAGUUUCAUUAAAUCCAUGUUCAGUUGUCUUACUGUAUAACGCAUUUCACCUGUAGUUUGCUUACAUUUUCAUGAAGGAAAGUAGCUUUUUACAAACUGUUCUUGUUCAGGACACUGAAGAGGAGACUAACACUUUUAAGAGAUACCGAGAUAAAUUUUACAUUUGUUCUUCAUUAUUUAUUUUAAAACAAGUCAUUCUUCGAUGAUAUAUUUAGAAAACACAGAUGCAAGUUAUACUGUCAUGUAGAUUUGUAAUUGAUCUUUAAUUGCUUCUCUUGUAAAAUAGGAAUGAAUAUCUGAACUCCGUAAUCAUGUCAUUUUGUAUUUUAAGGUGCAAAUAUAAAUAUAAAUAAACAAAUCAAUCGAGCAUUCAGACAGAUCAUGGCAUAAGAAAACAAUUUAUCCAGUUUAAUAAAAUAAAUGAACACUAAUAAAACAGAGUAACAAACCGAUUCCAAUAUUUCUUUUCCACAUCAUGGUAAAGUUUUCAGACUAAGAGGCAUUCACAUAUAAAUGACUUAUUAUGGUUGCUAUAAGUGAU